CACACUGUCGAAAACGCAUCAACUCAAUAGAUAUACAUAAAUAAAUUAUCAGUGGAUGAAAUUUUGUAAUUAGUAGAUAGCCUGCAGUAGUACGCGGGCAUUGAAAGGUUCUAGUCCUGACACCGUCUAUUUGGCUGAUGAAACAAAUCGAACGAAAUGUAUAAACAAACGUGCACCAACCUACUGAGCCUUUCACCUGUAGAGGUCAACAAAUGGCUUGACAGCUUCGAUUCCGUUAUAACCGAUUGCGAUGGCGUUCUGUGGGUGUACGGAAACGUUAUACCCGGCUCCCCAGAGACGAUAAACUACUUAAAAGGAAUGGGAAAGAGCAUUUAUUUUUGCACAAAUAAUUCGACAAAAACACGCAAAGAACUGCUCAUGAAGGGCAUUGAUCUGGGGUUCAAUAUCACCGAAGAGGGCAUCAUAGCGACAGCCCAUGCCGCGGCUAGUUACCUGAAGAAUCGCAAUUUCGACAAGCGCGUCUAUCUUAUUGGUUCCCCGGGAAUCGCACAGGAAUUGGAUGCAGUUGGAAUACAACACACAGGCGUUGGCCCUGAUGUAAUGAAAGCCCCACUGGGUGAAUUCAUGGCAAAGCAUUUAACUAUAGAACCGAAUAUUGGGGCCGUUGUCGUUGGUUUUGAUGAGCAUUUCAGCUUUCCCAAAAUGACCAAAGCGGCAUCCUAUCUCAGCGACCCGAAGUGCUUGUUCAUUGCAACGAAUACAGAUGAGCGUUUCCCUAUGCCAGGAAUGGUUGUUCCGGGCAGUGGGAGCUUUGUGAAUGCUAUUCGAACGUGUGCGGAGAGGGAACCCAUUGUAAUUGGAAAGCCUAAUCCGGCCAUUUGUCAGUCAUUGAUCCAGCAAAAAAAGAUCAUUCCGUCGCGAACUUUAAUGAUUGGUGACAGGGCCAACACGGAUAUUCUCUUGGGCUAUAAUUGUGGAUUUCAAACACUUCUCGUCGGAACGGGCAUUCAUUCCUUGAAUGAUGUGGCUCAAUGGAGGAAUAGCAAAAACCCCGACGACAAAAAACUUAUACCCGAUGUGUACAUACCGAAAUUGGGAGAUUUACUGCCAGCGAUUCUCAAUUCGAUCACACACGGACGCUAUUAAUUUGUAUAUAUGUAUAUGUUUGACAUAUUUUAUUCAGUUUAUGUAUUCCUCUCAGGGACAUAAGUAAAUUUAAUAUUAUUAAUAGACAUCACUUGAUUUAAACAAAAGCAUAGUAAAAUUUACAAUAAAAUAACUACAAACCUGUUUGCAAA